AUGUGGCUGUUGGCGUUGAAGUGCUUGCUGCUGUGUGCUCUGAUGAGAGAGAGCCAGUGCUGCUCCCCAAAAAACUUCACUUUACGGAUGGAACACAGCGAAUGUGACCAGUGCGUGGUCAUCAACACCACCAUCUGCAGCGGCUUCUGCUACACUCAGGAUACAAACUUGAGAGGCCGAUUUGGCAGAAAGUUCUUGGUCCAGCGCAGUUGCCUGGCCCUGUCUGUGGUGUAUCGUCCUGUACAUUUGCCUGCCUGUUCUCUCAAUGGGACUCAGCUGUUUUACCCUGUGGCUGAGCGCUGCAGCUGCAGACGCUGUGACACACGCACACACCACUGUGUCCGCACUAGACGCAUGCUUCAUGACGGCUGCAUGGAAACCACCAGGAAGAUAAAGAGAAGGACCAAUACACCCAAGGAAACCUAA